AUGCAUAUGUUAAUGAGAAACAACGCUAAGCCAACGGAAGAGAAUGCAGAGAAUCAUCCAACGUUAUUUUCCCAAAGAUGGAUUUUGGCCUGUUUAUUUUUUACGGGAUUGUUCAAUGUUUACGCUGUCAGAGUAAACAUCAGUGUAGCCUUAGUAUGCAUGGUGAAAACUCCAGUGAACAAUUUGACUAUGCAAAUGUCGCCUAUAAACAAUAUUACAGUAAACGACACCGGUAGCAAGCUGUAUGUAGAAAAGCAAACAUACCAACAGAAAGGAGAAUUUGAAUGGGAUAAAAGCACCAGAUCUGCAAUAUUAUCAUCAUUCUUUUAUGGAUAUAUAUUCACGCAAAUUCCGGGUGGAUGGCUGGCUGAUAGGUUUGGAGGCAGACGUGUAUUUGGUGUUAGUAUGGCAAUUGCGUCUGUAUUAACACUUCUAACGCCAACCUGUGCCAGAAUUUCUGUAAAUCUUGUAUACCUGCUUCGGGUAAUAUUGGGAGUAGCUACGGGCGUUGUUUUCCCAGCUGUUUCGUCGAUGUUAGGGCACUGGGCUCCGCGACUUGAACGAAGUAAGCUUGUAGCAACGGCCUAUGUAGGAGUAAAUGCUGGAAUAAUAGGUACAUUUGCAACUUCCGGAAUUCUUUGUGAAUAUGGUUUUGAUAAUGGAUGGGGUUCAAUAUUCUACAUAACUGGUGGACUUAGUUGUAUCUGGACUAUUGUUUGGUUCUACCAAGCUAGAGAUAGUCCUUCAGAACAUCCAAGGAUAACCAAGGCAGAACUAAUCUAUAUAACGAAUAACAUCGAGUUUGAUACAUCAAAAAAGGCUUCAGACGUACCAUGGAAAGCGAUGGGGAAAUCUGUUGUAUUAUGGGUAGGGAUAUGUUGUCACAUGUGUCUCAAUUAUGGAUGGUAUACCUUGAUCACAAAUCUGCCGGCUUUCAUGGAUUCUGUUCUUAAAUUUGAUAUGAAAAGCAAUGGAGCUCUUUCGUCAUUGCCAUACAUUUGUCAGUCUGUUAUGGCAAUAAUUGCUGGGAAUUUGGCGGAUUAUCUACGAAAAAAGCGUAUAUUGACAACAGGACAAACCAGAAGAUUAUUUCAAAGCAUAGCUUUCUUAGGCGCAGGUACAUUUCUUGUUGUCACCGGUUUCGUUCCCAUGGAGAUGAAUUAUCUUGCAGUUCUGUUCCUGUGUUUAGCUGUUACAUUUUUAGGGUUCGGAAGAGGAGGAUUUUCUGUCAAUCAUAUCGAUGUUGCUCCAAAGUUCGGUGGAAUUAUGAUAGGUAUCACUAACACUAUGGCGACAAUUCAAGGCAUAGUUGCUCCUCAAAUAGCAGGGGCAUUAACUACAAAUGACACUCAAGAGGAAUGGAGAAAUGUGUUUUACGUCUGUGCAGGAUUUUUUCUAUUUGGGACAAUUGUAUAUGGAUCUUUUGCAAGAGGAGAAGUCCAGACAUGGGCAAAAGACCACAAAGAAAACGAGUCGAGAGAAGAUCAUUUAAUAGAACCUUAA